UGCGGCUCUAACAUCAUACGUCUGACAGUGUCGCGCUAUAAAAUAAUUUAAAUUGUGUUUUUAAUUAGUGUUAUGUUUUAAUUUUUUUAUUUUGAACGAUGGAGGGGCGGAGGUCUUGGGAUGGAGUGCCUUUGGGCGAGUCACAUUCUCCACCACAGUCCGUACCGGGCCGCAGGACGCCGCUGGGAGCCGUGGGCCUGGGCGGCUUCUACAUGCAGGGUGGCCAGCCUCCGCCGCCUCCACAGCAUUGCUACCCGGCAGAUGAGAACCAACCCGAACCAGGCACGAGCUAUGGACAAAGAGCUAUCAACGAUUCCAAGUCAAAACAGAAGAUGCGCCAAGGGAAGAAUGUUCGGCUGAAUAUAAACGCGAGGGAGAGACGCCGCAUGCAUGAUCUGAAUGAUGCAUUAGAUGAGUUGCGAGGAGUGAUACCGUAUGCUCACUCACCGUCUGUCCGCAAACUGUCCAAGAUUGCAACUCUACUGCUCGCCAAGAACUACAUCCUGAUGCAGGCUAGUGCGUUGGAGGAGCUCAGAAGAUUAGUUGCGUACCUCCAGAGUACAGCUACAGCUGCGGGUAUCGUGCCACCUCCAGGCUUUGACCUCACCGGGUUCCCAGCAGCUGCGAAACUCCUGCAAGGGCCCAUCCCAGGCCCACCUCCGCCCCCCGAGCCGCCAUCUUGAGAUACAACCAUCAAACUAGAGCCCUAAACACUAGGGCUCCUAAGAUAAAUCAGUCCAUACAAUAUAGACUGAUUGAAAGAUUGAGUGUUUAAAUUAUAUGUAUACCUUAUUUUUUCUGUAUCGUCUGGACUGCUCGUUACAUUUCUAUUUACAAUAACAUUAUUAUUUUAACCUUCAUAAUACUCUUGAUAACAUUUUAGGAAUAAGAUUUACGAAUAGAUCUCAAAAUUAGUUUGUAAGUUAUGUACAUAAUUCAAUACUUAAUGAAUGCGAAACCAUCGAUAUGUAUUACCUGUAAGUGAUUUUUGAACCAUUGCACAUUGCGGAUAUAACAAUCGUUCAUUGUCAACCGAAAUCUGUUACUAAAACUUGUACUUAUCUUGUGAUAUCGAGCGCCAAAAAUUUCCAUAGCACAAUAGGAAGGUAAUUUCAAAACUAUCGCUCAAUAAUGCUCAAAUAUUCAUGUGUUGGUUAUCUUUGAGAAAUACUUUGAGGAAAACGUUAUCACAGCAAAGUUUUUCGUAGAAAAUUACUGCUUUUUUUCAAGAGAAUCGCAACCUAAUUCAGCGGGCUUUCCUUCUGCAGUUAGCACAUUUUUAAUAGUUUAUUUGUGUGUGUAAUUUAGUUAGAAGAUUUGUUUCGUAAACAUCGUAAUUUUGGAAUAUUUACGACGGAUACUAAGAACUUUUAUUGUAAUUUUCUUAUGAGAAGUCGUUUGCAAGAUUAAAAAUUCGUUUAAAAAAUCUUAAAUAAACAAAAGAACUUGUUCAUUCAACCAAAACAUUCAGAUGUCAUACCUACACCUAUAAAAUACGGGUUUUAUGAAAAGUAAGUAGACCUAUAUCAUAUAUUCAAUACAAAUACUUCUUCGACAUGCAUUAAAAUUUUAAUGGUAAGAUAGUUCCAUUAGUAUAGUAUAAAUUA